UUGAAGGAUGAAAUAGAAAAUAUGAAUAAGUAUGAUUAGUCAUCUACUUAUUGGCUUAGAAAUUAUCGAGAAAACGUGUCACCCAUAGCGGCGUUUGCGUAAACGAGUCACUGGCUCAAUGGACUGGAACGCAAGGUCUCCGCCACCUUAUUGUUAAGUACUGUAUCGUUCUCAUUAACUCCAGUUAAAACAAUACCGCAGGAAGGAAACGACCGGACGCGGGCCCAGCCUUCCAAACUAUCAUACCUUAAACUGAAAAACCAUUUCGUUCCACCAAAUUCAACCUUACUAUAAAUAAACCUUGCAAUAGCGAAAUGGCAUCAGUCGGUCAGCGCAAUCAACAUGUUGACAGUGUUUAUCCUUACCCUCGCGUCGGCUACGGCGCACUUCCACAAAGUUGAACUCGCCGAUGAGAAGACACCGUACGAUUAUGUGAAGGAACGCUUGGACUCUCUCGCGACUGACGCGAAGUCAGGGUUGCCGUUAUCUAACUCUUACGAAGUGGAAGAAAGUGCGGAUUACCCUGAGCUUGAAGGAGCGGCGUCUACCGUUUUGAACACGGUUGGCGGUGUCGGCGGCGUUGGCGUUGGUGGAAUCGGAUUAGGACAAGGUUUAGGGUACGGCGGAAUUGGACAGUUGGGAGUGGGAGGCGUCGGACUCGGACAAGGCUUAGGAAUCGGGGUUGGAGGCCUCGGAGGCUUGGGCGGCGUUGGUGUUGGAAAUGUUGGGGGCAUCGGACUUGGGGGUGUCGGUGUUGGAGGCAUCGGCGCUAACGGAUUAGUUGGCCAAGGAUUGGUUAAUCCUGGAAUUGGUAUUGGGGUAGGCGGACUUGGUCUUGGCGGUGGACUCCUAUAUCAUCACCCUUUGAUACAACAACAGCAAGUAGGCGGAGGAUACGUCGAUAAGAACGCUUAUGAUGCCGCUCAGAAGAAGGGUGCGGGUGAGAACUUGGAGAAAAUAGAGAAGAAAGCUGAAGAGGAAGUGAAACAUGGUCAGGAAGGAUACCAGCAGGGUGCUGCGGCCGCAAAGGCAGCGAAAGGAGAAUCCAGCUUUUACAAAGACGAAGAGGCUAAGAAAAAGGCCGCUGGAGACGAGAAAUUCUACGAGGGUGGUCAGAAAUUCGACAAGCAUGGUGCCAACGAGGAGCAGCUAAAGAAAGCCAAAAGCCAUAAAAAGGGUCACGUGAGCAAGGGCUUCAAGACCUCCAGCAGCAAAAACGAGGAAGAGAAGACCGAGACCUUCUACGACGAGGCUCAUGAUGAAGCUGAUCAUAAGGUCGCUGGCCAGAACGCCGGUUCCUUCGGCGAACAGUCACAGCAAGGCUUCAAGGGAGCUCAUGAGGAGAAGAUCUUGGACGCCAACGCGGCAGGCAAGGAGGGCCACCACAUCUCCGAGCAGAAGAUCGACGACUCAAAGGCUAACAAGGGUGAAUUCCUGCAAAAGGGCUACAAGGGCGAAGCCGAACAGCUGGAGAAGUUCAACAACCUCGGCGCGCACUCCAUCCACGGGCACCAGGAGGCCAGCGGCGGGUUCCAGCAGAGCAAGGGAGGCAGCAUCUUGCCCAUACACCGUUAGAACGUACCGACCAAUAUAUGACCUGUUUGAAUGUUGA